CCAAAACAGGCCCGAUUGGAUCUGAACUUAGGGCGAGGGUUUGUUCUUGCAGCUGCCCCACCGCCGUCUUCAACCUCUCGAACUUUCGCCGGAGCCGCGCAGCGCCUGCUCCGUCACCGUGGGGGCUCUCUGCAGGCAUCAGCUUCAGAAGUCAAUAAAUUGCCCUAGUACUUGUUGCUUUUUCUCUAGCCUUGGGAACGAGCGUUUUUGACAGUUACAAAGAAAUGAGGCAAGAAGAAGUGGAUCAAUGCCAGAUCCAAGAGUGGUAUCCUAAAUUCAAGUCGGUGUCCAUCAAAACGCAUAUUCAUCAGCUUCCGGAGUCCUUUGUCCAGUACCUUCUUGGUGACUCUGGACCAUUUGUUCUGCCCAUUUCUAUCACAGGCGAAGAUGCCCUUCCCAACAGGGUUCAUAAUCCUGUGGAUGAAGAUGAUCUUGAGGUUCCAGAAGGAUCUGGAGACGAGUCUGAGGAGUUCCCACCUCCAUCUUUUCCAGAACUCGAGUUGAAGGUCAAAGAGUCAAUCACAUCGCUCGGGGGUGCUAUUUUCCCUAAACUAAACUGGAGCUCGCCAAAAGACGCUGCUUGGAUUAGUGGCAGUGGGAACCUUCGGUGCACGUCUCUCAGUGAGAUCACGCUCCUGCUACGUGCAUCCGAUUCAUCAACCCAUGAUCUCUGUCAUGCGUAUGAUUCUUGCAGCGACAAGACCUCAUCAAGGCCACAGAGCUUUUUCCUUGCUCUACGGAAAUGGCAGCCAGCGCUUCGACCAGAGAUGGAAUUCCGUUGUUUCGUAAGGAACAAGCUCCUGGUUGGGAUCUGCCAACGUGAGGUUACAACAUUUUAUCCCGUCCUCCUUGAGAAGAAGGACCACCUCAAGGUUUUGAUUGAGGAUUUCUUCGAAAGUGAAGUGUGCCCAAAAUUUGAAUCGGAUAAUUACACGUUUGAUAUUUAUGUCACAAAGGAUGGGAGGGUUAAGGUACUGGAUUUUAACCCUUGGGGGGCCUUUACACUGCCACUCCUCUUUUCAUGGGAGGAACUGAGUGAAGGGGAUGAUGAAGUCGUGGAUUUCAGAACUGUAGAGAGCCGGUGUGCGGUCCGACCCGGUUUGAAAACAGCUGUGCCAUAUGAUUACUUGGAUACAAGUCCUGGGAGUGGUUGGGACCAAUUCCUGAGAAAUGCUGAUGAGGAGCUGAGGAGACAAACUGAGGAGUCUCCACAAGCUGGUGCUUAGCGAUUGAAUUUCGGAUGCAGUCAACAACUGGCAUAAAGUUUAUUAUCCAUGCCCAUAGGAUUCUGUGAGUGUUUCAGCCGGAUUGGGAAUAAUCCCAUAUGAGGAAUCCUCCAACACCUAUAAUUGCUGUUAUCGACUUCUGAUUUAAUCUUCUCUAGGAAGACAUACCGGUCGUGAGCAAGCCAGGGGCGAUCACUUUGAUCAUGCCAUUAACCCCGCCAAAGCUGACGGCCUGACAGAACAGUCGGCUCAAUAGAGUGAAUUGAAACCUCUCAUUCGAUGACCGCUGGUGAAACGCCGACUGCGCUCUAGAUAGAUUUCUUUCCCAAGCUCAGGAUUAAACUGAAAGAUUGAUGAGGAUUGAGGAAUGGAGAAAUCCUGGAGAAGUUGAACCUUCUUGGAAAGGACGUUGUCGUCCAGAGGACGCUAAUCAGGCGGAACACAUCGUCGAAUGUACUCUACUCAUCCAGAAGCCAGAGGAAAUUUAUUUGACCAUGUGUUUUUUUUUUUUUUUAAUGGUUGG